AUGAAGGAAGAGAGACCUGAGCAAGCAAAACUGGAAGAACUCAGAGGCUACACAGGGAAACCGAUCUACUCGAGAGAACAUGUGCUAUCACAAAGCGCUCACAGGAGAUCCAGAAUUAUCGCUCAAUGGGCUGAUCCUGAAUCCAAAAUCAAAGAAGCCAUCAAAGCUUGCCCAGUAGACUGCAUCUCAAUGGUGGAGAGAUCUGAGCUUGCGCCAUUGGAGUUCCUUAUGUCAAAGCAACCUCGAGGCAGCGUGAGGAUCGGCGUUGGAAACACGGUUGGUGAGCGUGUCUCCAAUGUAUUUGUUGAUGCCAAGAAGUUUCAGGAAAGAUACGAAGCCAUGAGCAGAACCACAAGGGAGAGCUCCCAAGAGACGGACUUGCAGAGAGAUGUGAGAAUAAGUGCAGUAGAGGCAAUUAGGAAAACGGUUGAUCCAGAUAUCAGAAAGCUUCAAGAUGCGGUGGCGGCAAUGAAACAAGCAGAACAGAGCGGGAAAGCCAAAGAGAAAAGACCAGCUUCCAUGGUUGGAGAAGAUUAUUGGAUUCCAUCAAACCAAGCUCUUCCCUCACCCGUAAACAAUAGCAGUUCCAAGGCUACCUCGAAUCCGCUGCAGGAAGAGAUAUUCGAUGAGACGGAUCAUCAUUUUGAAGACACCUACAGAGCCUCUGAGCUCAAAGACCAUAUCGGUGGCUCGCUGGCUCUAUCUAUUGUCAACAGCCCAUGGCAGCAGAUUUUGUUAGCCGGUGUUACCUGGUACUUCAUCGGUGCGAUGCUGCUACAGCUUGUGGAAGCUAUCCAAUCCAAGCAAGAAGAUGAAGGAGCUUAG